CAAUUCUCCUUACUGUUUUUUUCUUUCUUUUUCAAAAAAAUAUAAAAUUAAAAAAUAAAAAAAUCAUACUGACGGAAAUGGAGAGAACUGAAAUCAAUGGUCCGGCAGCAACCUCUGCAAGUUCCGGCGGCAACCUGAGAUCAACUACUACUUCCCCUCCGCGCCCCAACUACAGCAGCCCGGCGGUUCAGGAAGCUUUGGAACACCUUGCAUUUAUUGAUCUCGGUGAGUUGUGUAAUGAAGCAAAAGUUGAGUACUGUAGAGCAACUAGAGACUUGAGAAGCUGUGGGCGUUAUGUACAGCAUGGAUUGAAUUCGUGUGGACAUGCCUCCUUAUGUGCAGAGUGUAGUCAACGGUGUGAUCUUUGUCCAAUUUGUCGAAUACCAAUACCAACAAGUGGUAAUAAACUCCGGCUUCGCCUUUAUGAUCAGUGCAUCAAUGCUGGCUUAAUCUCCAGAAGGCAUGAUGAGAGAUUUCAAGUUAAGGACGAGAGGGAUAAUCAGCUGGCUACGGAUGUCCAACGCCUUUAUUCUUUCUUUGAUGUAGCCAUGCAGAACAACUUGGUAUCUUUGAUUUGUCACUAUGUGAUAGAUGUUUGUAUGGAUGAAACUGCUGUCUCCAGUGAUGCUGUCACUGCUUGGUUGCUGGAUGAGAAGGUUGUCAAGGAUUGGGUGAAGCAAACAUUUAAGAACAUCAAAUCAGAAGUUCAAAGGAUAUAUAAUCUUGAGGUUGGAGAGAUGAAAAGUAGGUUGAGUUCACUUUUAAAGUUUUCGGGACAAUUGGCUGGCAUAUCCAAAGUGCUUGAUGUUUUAGAGUCAUCUUUCAAGGAUAGUCUUUCAGCACAGCUUCAUGACUUGCAUCACCUUCAUGAGAGUAUAUUAAAAACAAAGCAGCAUCUUGAGAUUGCAAUGUGGUGCAUUAGACAUCAAUUUCUUGAGCAUUUGAGAUGUCGUUUUCCUGAUUUUGCAUCCUGGCGUACGGAUGUUCGAGAAAGGAAAUCAGCUGCAAUUAAACGUGCAUGGCCUGAUGUGUUAAACUCCUCAGUAGACUCUGCUGGACAGGAUGGCUCUCUCUUCAUUGAAGAUGCUCUAGCAAAUCUUGAGAUAGAGCAAGGAAAUGCAGAGGGAUCAGAUUAUGCAUUUUUGCAGGAGAAUGGUGCUUUGUCAUUUUUCAGGUCUAAGAUAGAAGGAGUGACAGGAUGCUAUCCCUUUGAAAAUCUUCAAGCUGCUGUAGACUUACUCUUUCUGCAUGGUAGUUCUGAUUUGGUGGUUGCAAAGCAAGCCAUUUUUCUAUAUUAUUUGUUUGAUCGGCAUUGGAGAACACCUGAUGAAGGGUGGAAAAACAUUGCGGAUGAUUUUGCUGCCACAUUUGGUAUAACCAGGCAUUCAUUACUUGAAUCGUUCACAUUCUUUCUUCUGGAUGACCAAUCAGAUGAGGCUUUGCAGGAAGCUUACCAACUUCUUCCAGAGAUCUCUGGCCAUUCAACUCAUCCUAAGGUUCCACACGUACUUUUAGAAAGAGGAAAUCCUGAGGCAGCUCUUAUGGUUUUACGUUGGUCUGGUCGUGAUGGUGUAUCACAAUUGGUUUUGCUUAGUGAGGCUGUCAGUUCUGUUCGAGUGAGGGUGGAGUGUGGGCUUUUGACUGAGGCAUUUACAUAUCAAAGGAUGCUCUGCACCAAAGUCAGGGAAAAUAAGUUAGUGCAUGGACUAAGUGGGAAUCCAUCUGCUGAACUGAAAUUGGAAAGCAGAAGCUGGUCAGAGUGGGUGGAAACAUUGGUUACUGAAUUUUGUUGUCUAUGUAUCCGGAGGAACUUGGUAGAUAGAAUGAUAGAAUUGCCCUGGAAUUUUGAUGAGGAGAAAUAUAUUCAUAAGUGCCUUUUAGAUUAUGCUACUGUUGACCCUUCAUCAACAACUGGCGGUCUUCUUGUUGUAUUCUAUCUUCAGCGCUAUAGAUACAAGGAGGCAUAUCAGGUUAAUCUCAAACUUUGGAACAUUGAAGAGGACUUCUUUUCCAAGGAAGAAAUCAAUAAAGAAGUUUUAUCCAGAAUGGAAUCACAACGUCAGAGGCGAAAAGUAUUGGUUGAUAGAGGUGUAGAGUUGUUGCCAGAAGUCCAGCAGCAACAACUAAAGACUGGAAAACUGGAGGAGAUUGUGGAUGCUUCUGGUAGAGAAGCUGAUAUGCCAGUAAAAUCUGAUCAUCCUAAGUUAUUAGAACCAAAAUCUACCAGUUUGUUGGUCCCCUCAACCUCUGAUUCAAUUGUUCUGCAGUCUGACCAUAUUGCUACCCUGUCGAGACCAUCAGUUUUUGAAAAUUCUAAAGCUUUGGUGGAUUCUGUCAAUAAUCCUUAUAUUGGGGUUGGCAAUGUGCACUCUUCAUCAGUUCUACAGGAAAGGUUGUUCACAGAUGCAGAAAGAGCAUCAAAACUUGAAUUUAGGGCUGGCGAAAGUUUCAAAUUUGAUGACAUCUCAACUCCUGGAAUUCGUCAAACAAGUCCCCCAUAUGUUACACCAUUAAAAGGAUUCCGUAGGAGUUCUUCAAAAGGGCUUCAAAACAGACAACUCCAAGAAAAACGAUCUCAUCAGAUCACUCCAGAGGAGGAUCAAAAUGGGUUUAUUAACCAAUUUCGCAACACAAGCCCUCCAUAUUCCCGCCGGGUGACAGCUAAUCCUGUAAGUACACCUGGCAGCAAUAAUGGCCUGUGGUCAAAUCCUGGUAAGAGGGGCCAAUCAGAUAGAGGUGAUGGGCAAUGGAAUAUGCUUUCUUCAAACCAUCCCAUGGAUGUUUCUUGGAGCUAUGGGGAGAAGCCUUUUACUGUUGAGGGCAGAACUUCAAACGGGGAGCUGAGAUGGAGGUCUGAUGAAACCAGUGAUGAGGAAGAGGGCCAUGGUCUCGAGAGAGGGAUAGAGUUUGAUAGGACUCCCAUGAGGGGAAGGAGAAAAAGCAGAUUUGCCAAAAGAUGAAAAGGAAAAAAAAAAAACUUCUUUUGCGGCUUCAUUUCUGCAUCCUGUCACCCAGAAGGUAUUCAUGGCACUCAGCGGUUACUCCACCAGAUGUGCUGGAAUGAAAUUUGAGAUGAGAUUGUGCAUUGCCUUGUUGUGAAUGGAUCAAGGGAAGCAGAUCCCAACCAUCUCAUGGUGAUGAGACAGAUUUUCUAUAUAUCACUCUACCCUUUUCAAAACAGUUGUUGUAAGCAUAUUGCCUUUUUAACAUAGGAAGCAUGUGAAGCUGUCUGUGCUAAACCGCAGGCUUUACUCUGAUAUGUACUGAGGCAACUACCCAACAUAUCUGAAAUUCAAAUUUUCUACUACUAAACAAACGAAACAAGCCAGU